CACUGUCUCACUUUCAAGCAUCUUCUCUGUGAACAUUUCUAGUAUUUUUCAGAGCUGCGCGGUGUCACUUAUUAUAGAAAUGAAGUUUGAGAAUGUGCUGGCAGAGGUAGAUGGCUUCGGAAAAUUCCAGAUAGGGUUGAUCUUCAUGAUGGUGAUUCCGCGUAUGACUUUGCCUUUUCACUUCUUGAUGAACAACUUCAUCGCGGCCGUGCCCUCUCACCGCUGCGACAUCAGCUCCCUGGAUGACGGAGGGAUCUUUGGGAAUUUGUCCCAGAAGGAGAAGCUUGUGGUCGGUGUUCCGGUGCAGGAGGAUGGGACUCCGAGCUCCUGUCAGAUGUUCACAGAGCCUCAGUAUCACCUGCUGCUCGACUCCUCCAACGUUACCGACCUGCCCACGGUGACAUGUCAGAACGGAUGGGUGUACGAUCACAGCACCUUCAAGUCCACACUGGCCACAGAGUGGGAUCUGGUUUGUGAUAAUAGAAGAAUGAACACAGCCACAAUCACAAUCUUUUUCAUCGGCGUCAUGCUCGGAGCUGCAAUAUUUGGAUACCUCGGUGACAGGUUAGGCAGGAGAAGAGCACUUCUAGUGUCUUACAUCAUGACCACAAUCUUUGGAUUUGCAAGUGCUUUCUCACAUAAUUUCACCAUGUUUGCUGCUAUGAGGUUUUUGACUGGAGUUGGACUUUCUGGGAUAAGUAUCAUCAGCACUGUCCUUUGCAUUGAAUGGGUGGACAUCAAGCAUCGAACUGCAGUGGCCAUUUUAAUAAGCCUGGACUGGAGUAUCUUUACUGCUGUACUACCGCUUGUAGCCUAUUUUGUGAACGACUGGAGAUACCUAAUAGCCACGUUAAGCACCCCACUGUUUCUGGCAAUGAUCUGUUGGUGGUGGCUCCCUGAGUCGUCCAGGUGGCUUAUCAGCAACGGGAAGGUGGACAGUGCUCAUUUCUACCUGACCAAGUGUGCAAAGUUCAACCACAGGGAGCAGUUCAUGGCAGACCUGAAGCCGGAGUUUCUGUCCAAAGUGAUAUUUGUAGAAGAUGAAAACAGAAAAUAUUCCUAUCUGGACCUUGUGAAGACUCCCAGAAUGAGGAGGCUGGCUCUACUCACUGGAAUUGUGUGGUUUGGAGUGGCCUGUACUUACUAUGGAAUCAGCUUUAAUGUCAUCGGAUUUGGUGUCAACAUUUAUCUCACCCAGUUCAUCUAUGGCGCAAUUGAGAUCCCAGCGAAAUUCUUCAUAUUUUUCACCUUGGACAAAAUUGGUCGAAGAUUAAAUCAGUCCGGAUCUCUUAUUCUGACCGGACUGUGCAUAUUCUGCAGCAUGCUUUUACCUCAAGAGAUGGGGCUGUAUCGGACAGCUGUAGCAGCUUUGGGCAAGAUGUUUGCAGAGGCAGCUUUUACGACUGUAUAUCUGUACACAACAGAGCUGUAUCCCACAGUCCUCAGGCAAAAUGGAUUAGGUUACAGCUCCUUCAUGGCACGUCUGGGUGUGUCUAUAUCCCCACUGAUCUUACUUCUGAAAGAAGUGUGGAUCCCUUUGCCGAGUACCAUCUUCUUCCUGGUGGCUUUUACUGCAGGUUUCUCAGCUUUGUGUCUUCCUGAGACAAAAAACAUCCGUCUACCAGAGACUGUUGAGGAUGUGGAGCAGAUGAGAAGGCGCUCAAUCUCCACGUCCAACGAGUAGUCACCACCUUAAGGGUUUUCUUCAUUUCAACUUAAAGACCAGUAUGAACACGAUGCAACAUUUAAAUGAGUCAAGUUUGUGGCCACCUGACAAAUGCUUCAUGUCUUUUAAGCCUUAAGUUUAGUCUCCACCCACUUAACCUACCAAGUACGCACAGAACAAAUAUGAUGCAUUGUGACUUUAACUUGUUUUUUAUUUUGUUAUAUUUUAGGCUGUUUCAGAUUGCACACUACGAUGUCUGAAGAAGCAGCUUUUGUAAUUUCAAUUCAGCAAAAAUGUCCAAAAUCGUUUUCCCCCAAAGGAAGGCGAGGCCAUUGAAGAGCACUGAACAUAAAUAACUGUGACAACUUGGGUCGAGACAGUUUUACCAAACAUUGAAACAAAUGCAUUACCACCGCUACUGCCACUGAUUUAUGGUUUCUUAUGAUGAUGUAAUGCAAUUAAAUAAAAGAUGACUCAUUUUAUUAAA